AUCUGCUGUGACUGAAAGAAAAGAGUCUCCAGUGAAAGCUCAGAGCCAGGAAUGAAAAAGUUGUGGAGCAGUGAGAGGAAGGAAGGGGGAGUCACUGUGGAAAGAGGAGGUCCUCCGUCUCCCUCCUCACAUCAAACAGAAGUUCUUCAGACAAACCUCAGAGUUUGUGUUUCAGCGUCUUUCUCCUGAGUUCACCUGCAGUCCAUCAAAUCCUGUGUGUGAAGAUGUCUGCUGCCAGCAAUCUGCUCUUUGAAGACCAGUUUCUGUGCUCCAUCUGUCUGGAAGUGUUCACUGAUCCAGUCUCCACACCAUGUGGACACAACUUCUGCAAGGAGUGCAUCACUCAGCACUGGAACACCAAGGUCAUCUGUGACUGUCCCCUGUGUAAAAAACUGUUCAGAAGAAGACCUGAACUCAACGUCAACACUUUCAUCUCUGAGAUGGUUUCUCAGUUCAGACGUGAAGCUGAACUCAAAGCCAGCAGCAGCUCAGAGCAACAAUCUGCCAAACCAAGAGAAGUUCCCUGUGACGUCUGCACUGGAACCAAAGAGAAGGCCCUCAAGUCCUGCCUUGAGUGCCUGGUCUCCUACUGUCAGACUCAUCUGGAGCCUCAUCUGACAGUGUCAGGCCUGAAGAAACAUCAGCUGAUGGAGCCUGUGGAGAACCUGGAAGGCAGGAUGUGUCUGAAGCACCAUAAACCUCUGGAGCUGUUCUGUCAGAGAGAGCAGACAUGUGUCUGCAUGAUGUGUACUGUUUUAGAGCACAAGACUCAUGAGGUUGUUCCUCUGAGUGAAGAAACUAAACGAAAGAAGAAGGAGCUGAGGAAGACAGAGGCUGAGAUGCAGCAGAUGAUCCAGGAGAAACGAGUGAAGAUCAAGCAGAUCAGAGAGUGUGUGAAGAGGAGUAAAGCUGCUGCAGACAGAGAGAAAGCAGAAGGUGUUGAGGUGUUCACUGCUCUGAAGGAGUGUGUUGAGAGAGGCCUGAAGCAGCUGAUGGAGAGGAUGGAGGAGGAAGAGGAAGCCAGAGAGAAACAGGCUGAAGGUCUCAUCAGAGAUCUGGAAGAGGAGAUCUGUGAGCUGAUGAAGAGGAGCUCAGAGGUGGAGCAGCUCUUCCUCUCUGAAGACCACCUCCACCUCCUCCAAGGCUUCUCCUCCCUGAAAGCUGCUCCACCCACCAAGGACUGGACACAGGUCAGCGUCCGUCCAUCAUCAUAUGAGGGGACUGUGGUGAGAGCUGUGGCUCAGCUGGAGGAGACUCUCAGCAAAGAGAUGAAGAAGCUGUUUGAGGCUGAUCUGAAGAGGAAGCAGCAGUUUGCAGUGGAUGUGACUCUUGAUCCUGAUACAGCUCAUCCUAAACUCAUCCUGUCUGAUGAUGGAAAACAAGUCAGACAUGGUGAUGUGAGGAAGAAGCUUCCAGACAACCCAGAGAGAUUUGAUUGUUAUAGUUUUAUUUUAGGAAAGCAGAGUUUCUCUUCAGGUAAAUUUUACUUUGAGGUUCAGGUUAAAGGAAAGACCGACUGGAAUUUCGGAGUGAGCAAAGAGUCCAUCAACAGGAAGGGAAAGAUCACAUUGUGUCCUGAAGAAGGGUUCUGGAUAAUAGGUUUGGAGAAUCAAAAUGAGUACUUUGGUGUCGAGAAUGAUACUCUCGUUGAUCUCUCUCUGAGGAGCAUUCUUGAGAAGGUAGGGGUGUUUGUGGAUUAUGAGGAGGGUCUGGUCUCUUUUUAUGAUGUAGCUGCUGCAGCUCCGAUCUACUCCUUCACUGGCUGCUGCUUCACUGACAAACUCCUCCCAUUCUUCAGUCCUGAGCUUAAUGAUGAUGGUGAAAACUCUGCUCCUCUGAUCAUCUGUCCUGUCAAUCAAACUGUCUGAUCUGUUUUUAUCAUUACAGUUUUUCACGAUUGUUAACACACGUUUCUCAAUACAACAACGGCUUUCUCAACACUGCACACACAAAACUUUAAACUGCACACACAAAAUGCUAAACUUGACACUCCCUUUGCAAGAACACUCUUGCCAUCAAAUCUCUAAAUUGUGUUCACAAAAUGGAACUCAUGUUUUCAUUUGCUACACACAGUCGUAUUUUACAUACCAUUCAUUGAGCACACACAAGUAAGCUUUUUGCUGCACACUUCCAAGCAUUUACAGCACAUUGUAGUGAAAAACUGAAAACACUACUGUAAAAUGGAACACACCAUAUGAAUGACAGUGACUCUGGAGAAUAAGAUAUUUCUCCUUUCAUAAAAAUGACUCAAUGUAGCCUAUUUUUUCAUUAAAAAAUUAAAACUUAAAACAGCACACAAAUAUGCAGCCAAAAAUGUUUUAUUUUUGGACAUAGUUGAGAAAUCAUUAUGAUCAAGCAUCAUCAUGCCUUCGGUUUCUGUCAGGCCAGAGGCCUCAUCCACAUCACAGGCCAUGUUCUCCUUAUGGAGACGUCUCUGGAAGAUCCGCCUUGAGCAGCGCAUGAAUCCCUGAAUGGACUCGAGGCUGACGUCAGCACAGGCUCCUUCCAUGGCCUGGACCGGUGGGACCUGGGUCUGGGGGUUUCACUCACACACCUUCAACCUCCAAGCAGAGAAGAACUCCUUUAUGGGGUUUAGGAAUGGGGAGUAAUGUGGGAGGAACAUCGUAAAGUGAGGCUGGUCCUGGAACCACUGAUGUACAAGCAGAGCCCGGUGGAAACGCACACUGUCCCAGAGGACAACAUCAUUAAUUCUUUGAAGAUUAUUAGUGUGAUCUGGUGGAACAAGUUGUUCAUGGAGGUCAUCAAGGAAGGCCAGCAGCAAGUCUGUGUUAUAGGCACCAAGAUGUCCAUGGCGGUGCAGGACACCGUAGUGAUUUAUUGCUACACACACGGUUAUGCUCCCACCACACUGACCGGGGACCCCAACACUGGCCCGCUGGCCUAUGACAUUUCUUCCCCUGCACCGCCUCUUGACCAGAUUACAGUAAACCCAGCCGCAUCUAUGAAAAUAAUGGUAACACUACUUGAAGCACCUCUGUAUAACACAUUAUAAGUACAUUAUAGCACUGUAUAACUUUAGUUAUAAAUACUCAUAAAUGAUCAACAUGCUUUAUAACAUCAUAAUCACCAUAAUCCUAUGCUGUAUAGUUGGUUAUAAAGCAUUGUGAACAUUUAUGAGUUUUUAUAACUACUUAUAAUGUGUUAUACCGGGUGCUUCAAGUAAAGUGUUACCAAAAUAACAUAUUCAUAUAGUUCAUUCGCCAUAUCAAGCUUCUCGAUUCACUGAAACAACAGAGAGAAUGCAAGUUACUGUAUGGACAGAGAGGUCAAAAGACACUGUAGAAAAGGAAAAAAAAUGUGUUACUGUACAUCAGAGGUAGGCUACAAUACCUGUAUGUCAGUGCUGUACUGUAAUGUAUGGGACUUACAAGCACAAACUGGUGCUGGAGCCUGAGUGUGUUGGAAUCCAGUCGUGGGCCGGAUUUGGCCCAUGAGCCACCAGUUGCCGACCCCUGGUAUACAGUGUACUGACCUAAAUGUGUUGAGUUUUGAACACUUGUGUGUUGUUGGUUGAUACCACUGAGAUGUUACAUGAGAAGUGUGUGUAGCAACAGAACAUUGUUUGUAGUGUUUUGACAACAAGUUAAUGUGCUAUUGACAGCAGAGUGUAUCGUCGGUUGAAGCUUUGAGCUUUUACAUGAGAGGUGUGUGCAACAACUGAACAUUGUGUGUGGUGUUUAGACCACAAGGUGAUGUGCAGUUGGCGUCAGAGUGUAAAGAAGGAAAGUCAAGAGUCUAGCGGAGUCAUAAGGGAGAGUGAAGUAGUGACAAUUUGAGUCGAGCAAAUGGUACGUGAAGAUAAGGUUGUGCAAAUUGUGCCGAAGUUUAGAUUUUUGUGUGUUAACAAUCGUGAAAAACUAUAAACAUCACCAACAAUGAAUAAACUGGUGAGAAAGUGACAGAUUAACUGAUUCAUGGUGAACGAUUCUCUGAUUUCAUUGAGCAGCAGUUUGUACGUAAAGAAACGUUCAUCUGACAGUUUGGACAACACAAGUAAAGCUGUGAUGAGAAGAGGAAACAAUGAAUGAAUGAAUAAGUUUAUUUGAGUAUUUUGUAUUAAAAAAACAGUACAUGAAGACAAUACAAAGCAAUAUUUGACACUCAAAAGGAGUAGGUUGGAAGUUCAAAGAACUUAUGGGAAUCCUACCCCUCAUUCUACAAAGAAUGAUGCUUUAGUCAGUGGCAGAUUUAACAAAUUUGGGGCCCAAGGCAAAGGCAGGAAUGGGGCCCUCUGAAAUGAGAAGACAACACACACGCCAUUUUGAUACUCACUAGUUGCUCAUCUCCACACGUCGACAAGUGACCCUCCCAAACAGGUGUCGACGUCACUGUUACACUUGCUGGUUGUUGUGGAUAUUGUAUUUUAUUUUGAUUCAUACAAAGUUUGAACAUGAUAAAUACCAUGAACAGUAAAGCCUCAGUUGCAACAUCUGUCUUAUUAAAACCAUCUGCAGUGAAGUAUGUCGUCACUUUGGGGCAUUUUGAGAGCAGCUUUCUACUUUCCUCCUUUUUUCAGCACCGCUGGGGAAGCUUCUUUUCAUCGUCUUUUUCUUCUCUGUUCUUCUCUUGUCUUCGCGCCGCUUGUUUUCGUAUGUUUUGCUCUCUGCACAUGCGCAGUAAGAUGGACUGAUCCAAUGUCGUGGAGACUGAAGGGGGGCCCCGAGACACACAUAAUACAAUAAGCAUUCUGCUGGCAUUUUAGCGACAGGAUUUCAAUCAAAACAUAAUUAAUGUGUACAAAUAAGUAAUAACUGUAUUAACCAAAAGUGUAUGACGAGUUUUAUGGGGCCCCCAGGAACUUGGGGCCCAAGGCAACUGCCUAGUUUUGCCUAAUGGUAAGUCCGCCCCUGGCUUUAGUGCAACACUUUGUUGCUGGAUUCUCCCUUGUAACUUAUAGCAUCAUUUUAUACAUAUCUCUAUAUAUACAUAUAUACACAUAUAAACAUUUGCACGUGUGCUCUUGUAUGUCUACUUAGAUAUACAUACAAAUACAUGUAUAUACAAAGAUGGGUACAUUAGUUUAUGGUGGAAAAAAAUGAAAUAAUGGAUAAAACAAUUAGAAAGGUAUAUUGUAUAUUGUUUGUGUUUCUACAAUUUGUCAUUUAUGAUCAUAUAAACUAAAAACAAUAGCUAAAAGAAAUGGAGAGUUAAUGUACGUUAUUUAUCUUCGUACACAUGAUCAUUUCUGAUCGUCUAAACUUAAAGAAAUGGAUAAAAAAAAGAUGGAAAAGGAAUGUCGUACGUUACCAUUUCUGUUCGUACACAUUAUUGUUUAUGAUCGUUUAAACUUAAAGUAAUGGAUAAAGGAAAGAGAAUCGUACAAUCUAUAUAUUGUUUUGGUUUAGACACUCGGUUACUGUUUUUCUUCUUCAGCAUAUUUAUUCAUGGAAUAAUUUUUGUAAACUGCUUUGAAAUGUAUUAAGUCAUUUGCUGCUUUGAUAUUGUCGUCCAGACUGUUCCACAUUUUCCCCCCACAUCUGGUGAUACACAUUCUUUUUCGAGUUGUUCGGGAGAACUGUGUUUUCAGAUCAGUUUCCCUUCUCAAGUUAUAUUUUCCUUCUCUCGUGAGGAACAUUUUUUGAAUAUUUGUUGAAAGUAGCCCCUGUUUCACUUUGAAAAGUAAUAUAUUUGUUUUAUAUUGAACAAGGUCUCUAAAUUUUAAUGUUUUUAAUUGAAGAAAAAGGGCAUUUGUAUGGGCACAAUAUUCUGCUAAGUGUUCAAUUCUAAUUGCCUUUUUUUGUACUCUACAAAGAAAUUCAGAAUUACUUUUGAAAGCGUUUCCCCAAAUCUCUACACAGUAGGUUAGAUAAGGUAAAAUGAGGGCACAAUAGAUUGUAUACAGGGCUUUCCUGUCAAGAGAGUAUUUGCAUUUGUCCAUUAGCGCUACAAUCUUUGCUGUUUUAUUUUUUAUUUUUAUUAUGUGAGGUUUCCAAGAAAUUUUGCGAUCCAGUGUUACGCCCAGUAAUGUGUGCUCAUAUACUCUUUCAAUUUUAAUAUUGUUAAUUUCAACUUCCUUUUGCUUAUUAAGUUUAUGUGUUCCAAAGUACGUAAUUUUUGUUUUAGAUACAUUAAGCGACAGUUUGUUUUUGUCGAACCAGUUUUUAAGCUUACACAUUUCAGUUGCAAUCUCUGUCAACAGUGUUUCAAAGUUCUCUCCUGAGCACAGAAUAGUGGUAUCAUCUACAAAUAAAAUGAAUUCAUAUUUUUCAGAAGCUAAAUGUUGAUAUAUAACAGAAAUAAUUUUGGUCCUAUCACUGAUCCUUGUGGAACUCCACAUACUGUGGUGUCACAUACAGACCUGUGCUGUCCCCACUGAACAUACUGUUUUCUGUUUGAUAAAUAAGACUCUAUCCAGCUGUAAGCUGUUCCUCUUAUUCCAUAUCGAUGUAUCUUGCCAUAAAAUGCCAUGAUCCAUGGUAUCAAAAGCCUUCUUUAAGUCAAUGAAAAUUCCAACCGGAUACUUACUUUCAUCUAUGUUUUUUAGUGAUUUCUUCAACUAAUUCAAUUAAAGCAAAUACUGGUGACCUAUGUUUUCUAAAUCCAUGUUGGCUAUCAUUUAGUAUAUUAUUUGUAUCAAUAAAUGCAUCUAAUCCAUCUAUAAAAAGUUUUUCUAAUAUUUUUGAAAGCUGAGGUAGGAUUGAUAUUGGUCUGUAAUUCUCAAAUUGGUCGUUUGCACCAUUUUUGUGAAUAGGCAUAACUUUUGCUACCUUCAUUUGAUCUGGAAACAUACCAGUUUUAAAGGAUAUAUUAAAAAUAUAUGGUAUAAUGGUAGCACAAUUUCCUCAAUGACUCUUUUGAUAAUGCUUAUGUCUAAUUCAUCACUGUCAGUAGAUUUUUUGUUAGUACAUUUUUUUUACAGCAUUAAUGAUUUCUUUUUCAUUUGUUAGAGAGAGGCAAAAGGAACUUGGGUUUAGAAGAAUACCUUCACACACAGGCUCAGUACCUGUUGUGGCAAUGGUUGCAGCUAGUUGUGGACCUAUGUUUAUAAAAUACUUGUUGAAUUCAUUUGCAAUGUCUUCUUUGUUUUCAAUAAUUUUAUCAUUAUAAUUGAAAUUUUCAGGUAUUGAAGUAGUUUUAGGUCCCCGCCAGAUAACUUCUUUUAUUGUACCCCAUAAACCUUUAAUGUUGUCUUUAUUCUUUUGUAACUGUGCGCUGUAAUAUUGUUUUUUGCAAUGUCUUAAUAUAUUUGUGAGUUUAUUUUUGUACUUUUUGUAUAUUUUUUCUGUUUCCUUUGUUUUUGUCUUUAGAAAAGUCACCUACAACUGGUUCUUUUUUUUAUAUGCGUUUUCCAGUCCUUUAGUUAUCCAUGGCAUUGUACUCUUUCUUUGCUUACAGUUUAAAUUUAUGUAGGGGCAAUGCUGAUCAUAAAGUGUCAUAAAGGUAUUGAGAAAGGAAUUAUAAGCUGCAUUUACAUCAGAUAUUUCUAAAAGGGAUUUCCAGUUACAGCAUGGAAGAGUUUCUUUAAAUGCAGACAGAGUUUCAUCAUUUAUUUUCCUUCUGUAAUUAGUUGUAAGUUUCCCUGUAUAUUUAGUUUUUUUGUUUUUUAAUUAUAGAGAACAAAAACUGGAAAGUGGUCACUGAUGUCGGUUAUCAAAAUCCCACUUGGGAUUUCUUCAUUCAAUACAUUUGUGUAUGUUGUGUAUGUUAUGUUGUCAAUGAGUGUUGAGCUUUCUGAAGUUAUGCGCGUCAGUCGUACAAUUUUUGGGUAAAAUGAAAAGCUAAGCUAUACAUUGUACUCACGAAAUUCUGUGAUGGUCUGUGUCUGUUUGUUUUAAGCAAGUCAAUGUUGAAGUCCCCACAUAAAAACUCUUUUUGACCUACAUUUCCAAAUAAUUUAACAAUACUAUCUACAAAAAUAUCAAUAUCGGUUCCCGGGGUUCUGCAGUUUAUUAAAACAUUUUUUCUCUUCUCAAAGAUUAAUUCCACUGUAAGGCAUUCCAUUAUGCCAUCAACAGAUUCAGUCAUAUUUUUUUAUAUUUUUUACUUGUAAAUUAUUUUUAACAAAAAGCGCAACACCCCCUCUGAUUUUAUGGUUUCUAUUUUGUUUAAACAUUUCAUAACCAUCCAGUGCAAAGUCUUCAGGUUUCUCAUUUUGCAUCCAUGUUUCUGUAAUUACUGUAACAUCAAAAGGCAUACUGAAUUUACUGAGAAAGAUUCUUUUACUAUCAAAAUUGGCGCUCAAACUACGGCUUUUUAAGUGAAUUAUCGACAAGGUAUCAGACUGAAAUGGAAUUUGAUAACUUUGAUAAUAUUUGCACUUACUUUUAAUAUUAGAAAAAAAAACUGUCAUCAGGAUCAACGUUACUUAUGAUAAGUGGGAAGUUUUGUUCUGUGUAGACAGGUGUAUCAAGUUCAUAACAAUGGUUUACAUUAACUUCUUCAGUAUCACUUUCAGAUGUAGAUGUUUCAUAGUUCUCGUCUGUCAUUGUGUAUUGCUGAAAAAAGGAAAAGAAAAAAACACUGGAAAAAAAGAACUGUCAAUGAGAUCUCUUACCUUGUCUAUUCACAUAAUUUUUUCCAGGUCACGAGCGUCUCUUAUACAUAAAACUCUGGCCUCUUCAGGUGAGCCAUUGAGUUUUAUGUAUACCUUGCAGUUCGAAGUCCAAGUAGCUUGAAUUUUUUGCUGUUUUUUCAGGAUGUGUGCUUGCCUGUCAAUAUCUGAGUUAUUUUUAGUCAGGUGCUCAUUAAUGUAGACAUUUGUUCCUUUAAGUUUUCUUCCCUGUCUGAGCACAGCGGUUUUCUGUUUUCUGUUGGUAAAUCUGAAUAUUACAGCACUGGACGUUUGUCCCUCUUUGGAAGUGGGUGGCAGGCUUCAAUGUCUUUCGUGUCAAUGUAUAUAGGCGACCUUUGGUGGUGAGAAAGUUGACCACCUGUUGCUCCGCCGAUUCUUGGUCCAUCUCAGUGGGUUCUCCGUUUAGUCCAGUCACUGCCUUGGCGUAGGAUCUUGGCUUGAUGGCUAGGCCAGUGACAAUCAAAUCAUUUAUCCUGCUGUACUGUUCCAAGUAUGCAAUACAACAUUCCAUUGCAUUUGUCCUUUGAUCUUUCUCCUGGUUUUGAGUUUUUAAGUUCUUGAUUUCAUCCAUAAGGUUUAAAAUAAUUUGCUGUUGAUUAGCAAUUGUGUCUGUUUGCUCCAAAACUUUACCCAGCGAUCUUUUUAUCUCCUCCAAUUCCUCCUCCAUUCCGGUGGGCGCCUUUUUUGGAGGCAUCCUGAGACGUUAAUCCAGACAAGGUCUCCUUCGUAGCACACCCGGGCAUCCAGCGCCGUCCACCUGCCUGCUCUGCGCAAACACUGCGGUGGUAGCCUGUUAGCUCCUUCGCUAACGUCAUGCAGUGUCCUGCUCUUCAGCAGUAGUGGCGGUGAUCCGGCUAUUUUCCAGUCCCGUCUUUAACGACCCCAAACCGUGAGCAGCUUGGGGUUUGUGAUCCAUUAAAUCCUUGUUUUCAGGCCACACAGCGUUGACAAGCCGGGGCAGGUAGCUGGCCUCCGGGCUAGCCGCUAGCAGUUCGGCACGCCACAACUGCGUCAAGGCGUAUAAACCACCCCAGUUCUUCUUAGGGCAAGGUUGUAGCCAUCAGUUCAGGUAUAAUAUACGGCACCAACAACACCGUGAUGAAUAAAUCCAAAAGUUUAAUCCAAUGAUUUAUGCAGAGAAGCUUACUCUCGAGCGUGAGCAGCAACAGCGCGGUACACAACCCGGAAGUGACGUCAAGAGAAUCAACCCAACUGAGCAGUCAGAGUCAGUAUCAACCUGUUUCCUCUGAGUCUGAUUCAUGGCAGAGCUUCUUCAUGGUUGAAGACUCCAUCAGGAGAGUUUUCAUGUGUUUUUAUGUCUUCAUGAGCAGGAAUCUUUCAGUCUGUGUGUCUUCAAGCUGCAGAGUCACAACAUGAACACGUUAGUUUUUCUCUCCAGCUUCAAGGUUUCUUCAAGGGGAAAUUUAAUGUUGACAUUUUAUAAUCCAGUUUAACACAACCUGUCGGAAGAAGUAUAACAGCUGUCUGUGAGGAUCCAAACUGAGAAAACUGGGUAAAUUGUGUGAUAAUCAUCGUGUCAUUUGUGAUGAUUCUCCCUGUACAAAGUGUUGAAUGUUGGAAUCAUGGGCUUCAGUUGAUGAAUAAAAACUCCUUUGGAUCAUCUGGAUUCCUCCUGAGUUUGCUCCUAGAUUUUGAGUCAUUGGAAGCCAUUUUUUUGGGAACAUGGAUGUAUAAAGUAUUUCGGGCUGUAUUACACUUAAUGCAGGUGGAGAUUUUCUAAAAGGGUCAAGAUUUUUGUGAAAAAUUCAAUCUGCAGCGUUCAAAUAAUGAAUAAUACUAAUUGAUCGAAACCAUUCCAGUUUGCAUUCAAAUGUCUCUGAAAUGAGAACACUCUGUGGAGAAAGAGUUAUGUAUGUUGUCAACAAUUCUCUGAUAAGUUUGAGAGAAAUGUAUUUGAUAUUAUCUGUGAUUGUUUAUGCAAUGUUUGUUCCUCACAUAAAGUUGAA